AUGGCUGAUAUCGAGGACAGGCUGCGAAGCCAUGCCCAGGCCUUCGAUGGGUUACUUUCAUUAAUUCCUGCGAAAUUCUAUUACGGAGAAGAUGGCAGUGAUCAAUGGAAGAAGAAAAAGCAGACGAAGGAACAGGCACGAGAGGCCAAGCGAGCGAAAUUGGACCCAGACUCCGCCAAAACGGCAAAGGACGUUAUGGACGAGAACGCACGAAAGCGCAAGCGGGAAGAAGACCAACAAGAAGAUAAUGCCGAGUCAUCCGACGACGGUGAACUAGGAUCUGAAUUGCCAAAAGAGGGGUUGAAGCGCGCAGAAGCCGCCAAAAAGCAGAAGCAGGUCCAGUCGACAACAGCAGAUGCUCCCGCUGACGCUAAGAAGGAAGAAGCGGAAGCCCGCAAGAAGUUGAAGGAAGAAAAAAAGGCUCAAAAGAAGCAGAAUCAAAAGGAGAAGAAGAAGGCGAAGGAAGUCGCUCGGAAAGCGAAAGAAGAAGAUAAACAAGCCGAGGAGGCCAAAAACUCUGCGCCUGACGCAACUGAGAGCAGCAGCAAGGCCGUUGAACAGGUGCAACACUCCGAAGACGAAGAUGCUGAGGAAGUUGACGGUGACGAAGGCGCUGUCGCUGAAGGCCUUUCCCUCGAGUUCAACGAAGAUCAUUCACUCUCCUCUGCACCAGAAUCCCCGGGGUUCGACAACUCGAAUCCUCAAUCCGGGAGCUCUUCAAUAUCUUCCAUUGUUCCCGCUUCUGCGCCGAAUGAUGCUACGAAAACCUCAAGCUCCGAACCGAAACCCCUCAAAGCCACACCCGAAGAGUUAAAACAACGACUCCAGAAGCGCUUGGAUGAGCUGCGGGCAGCCCGUCACGCAGAUGGCCUCGACGGAAAACCAGCGCGCAAUCGACAAGAGUUGAUCGAAGCCCGACGACAAAAAGCCGAACAACGCAAGGCACACAAGAAGUUGCUGCGCCAAAAGGCCAGGGAAGAAGAGCAACGGGUGAAGGACGAAGCCAUGACUCGGCGAUUCUCCCCAGGAGGCUCCGGCUCGUUGUUGGCGUCUCCGCGAUCACCAGCCGACUCGGUCGGCUCAGGAAGCUACGCCUUUGGCCGUGUCGUCUUCUCCGACGGCCAAAUAGCCGACGCCUCCCUAUCAAACGUGCGCGAAAAGCCCAAGACUAAUGGUCCCCGGGACCCGGCUUCUGCCCUCAAGGCCGCCGAGGCUAAGCAAGCCCGCCUCGCAGGCAUGGACGAGGAGAAACGCGCAGACAUUGAAGAGAAGGACAUGUGGCUCAACGCCAAGAAGCGCGCUCACGGCGAGCGAGUCCGCGAUGAUACCUCACUGCUGAAGAAGGCGCUGAAGCGCAAGGAAUCCGCCAAGAAGAGGUCUGAGCGGGAGUGGAAGGACCGCAUCGAUACCGUCAAGAAGGGCAAAGACAUGAAACAACAGAAGCGCGAAGAGAACCUUCGCAAGCGGCGAGAAGAGAAGGGGAAUAAGGGAGGGAAAAAGGCAGGCGCGGGAGGAGGAAAGGGCAAGCCCCGACCUGGCUUCGAAGGUAGCUUCAAGGCCAAGGUUGGCGGUGGUAAAAAGAAAUGA